CGCCGAGCCGGAACACGCAUGCGCUCUCGGGCGCAGCCGCCCCCGUGGUAGCCACGGACCGGUAGGAGGAAAUGCCCUCGGCGGUUUGCUUCGCUCUGUAGAGGAGCGAUGGGGGGGGCGUUGGGCCCGGCCUGAGGUAGGAGGGAGCCCAGCUGUCGCCGCUAGUGCCUGAGCCGUGAUGCCCGCGUGGGCCCUGUUCUCCGCGGUGCUCUGGUCUCUCGUAGGAGUUGGAACGCAACGUUCUUCCUUAUUCAGUAAGAAAGGCUUUGUGUACGGCACGAUAGAACAGCCAGUGAAAAUAUACGUAAAGUUACAUCAUAAUAGCCCUAUCCUUAUUUGUAUGGAUGUUAAUCGUGCUAAUAAAGAAAUAGUGGACCCCGCCUACCUAUGGAAUGGGCCAAAUGAAAACACAUUACAAGGGAAUCGCCAAAUAAAUAUAACAAACACAGGAAAAUUGGUGGUGAAAGAUUUUAUAGAGUCAUUAUCUGGACUUUACACGUGUACUCUUUCCUAUAAGACUAUCAAAGCAGAAACCCAGGAGGAAACCACAAUAAAGAAGAGAUAUGACUUUAUGAUCUUUGCCUAUCGGGAACCUGAUUAUUCUUAUCACAUGGCUGUGCGUUUUACCACAAAAUCUUGUGUAGGAAGAUACAAUGACCUGCUCUUUAGAGUGCUGAAGAAAAUCCUGGAUAACUUAAUCUCUGAUUUGCUGUGCCAUGUCAUAGAACCAUCAUACAAGUGCCAUUCUGUUAAAAUUCCAGAGGGUGACUUCGUGUAUGAGCUAUUCAUAGCCUUUCAAGUGAAUCCUUUUGCACCAGGCUGGAAAAGUGUGUGCAACAACUCUUCCGACUGUGAAGAUGCCACUAACCGUAACAUCCUCAAGGCAAGAGAUCGGAUAGAAGAGUUUUUCCGGAGCCAGGCAUACAUUUUGCACCAUCAUGUUAAUAAAACUAUACCAGCGAUGCACUUCGUGGACCACAGUUUUCAAGUAGUGCGCAUAGAUAACUGUCGGCCAGGCUUUGGGAAGAACGAAGGUCUGCACACCAACUGUGCUAGCUGUUGCGUGGUCUGUAGUCCUGGUACGUUCAGUCCUGAUGCCGAUGUCACCUGUCAGAUGUGUGUUUCUGUCCAUAGCUACGGAGCUAAGUCUUGCCCAUAAACUUCAAGCCCAGAGACGAAAGUGUGGUUACUUGCCUCUAAAGGUGGAGACAGAUUUGUUCCCAUCUGAGAGCAUCGUAGACGCCUCCAGUACGAUCAGUAAGAGCAAGACUCUGGGAACAUGCGUUUAGAACAGCAGAAGAGAGCUGACAUGGCACCGCUAAGAAGGGUUUAAUUCAGAACCGGCUGUGUGCGAGGGGAAGUUAGUGUUAGUGGAUGCUUGAAAUGAAAUGUGUUCUGUUGUCUAUAAACUCAAACGUGCUUUGUACCUGGGAUUAAGGUCAAAAAGAGAAGUGAAGUAUAAUAAAAAAUUUCUAUUUUCCAUA